UCUCCCCGUGAGAGGGAUCCCUCUUCUUUCCCCUUCCCGUCUUCGUCUCCGUCGACGGCGACGUGCGUAAGACGCCGCGCCACCGCACUCCGGUUCGUGCCGCGGCCGCGCCCACGCUUCCCAUCGGAGCCCCGGCCCCCUCCGCUCCUCCGGCUCCUUUCCCCCGAUCGACCGCCGACCCACAAGAGGAGUCCGUGCCGUGGGUGUUCUGGCGCGGUGUAUCUCGGUGCCGGAGGAGGCCUUGAAGCUCCGGCGUGAGAGAGAGAGAGAGAGAGAGAGAGAGAGAGAGAGAGAGAGAGAGAGAGAGAGAGAGGGAGGGAAGGGAAACCCGGACGCGGCCCGGCCUCGCCGCCAGUCGUGGCGGGAGCGGUAUCCUAUCCUAUCCCCCCUUCCCCUCCUCUCCGUAAAAAGCUUUUAAAACCCCAGGCGGCGGUCAUCAUGCCUCGCCGCAAGAAGCAUCCCCGGUUUCGUGGCACCCUUGGAACCUACAAGUUUCGACAGGCUCUUCUUGGCGACCCCGCGAGGCACAAUCGGUUCAGCGUACUCGAAGCAGAAGCCACCGACGACGAUUCGUCGACGGAGCCAAGCUCCAGGAUGCAAGACAUUGAGGACAGCUGCGGCAACCGAUCAACUCAGGACAAUUCACGGAGAGAGCUGGUGACGAUGGAGGAUGUAGGGAAUAUGAACCCUUUGUUGAGGACAUUGCUCGAGAUGGUCAGCGAGGAACAAAUUUCUGAGAUUCCGCGUCAUGGCCUAGAAAACCUUCUUUUGGGUAUUGGUGAAGGAAUGGGUCUUCAUCUCGUUGAAGAGAAUAACUUUCUCUAUGGAGCUUUCACUUUUGUCGUGACUUGUCCAUGGAUUAAAAAAGAUACAAAAUUGCUUUCACGUAUACUUCUCCGUUUGUCAGAAAUCUGGAGCCAACCUGAAUGGGAGACAAAUCUAUUGGAUUUUUUUAACAAUGCUCAGUUCAGGACGUCUGUGUACAAUGUUGUUGCUUUUUUUGAGAAUGAGCUCACCAUGUGCACAGCAGAAAAUUAUGAUGGAAUCAAUCAUGAGAGAAAAUUAAACUAUUCAACUUUGACUACUCUUAUUCCACUGUUAUUUCCCCUACUCUUGGAGCUUCUUCAGUAUGUGCAUUCACUCUGGACGGAUGAAGUUGCUUCUAACAUAUCAGAAGAACUUGAAGGAGCUAAAUGUAUUAUAUGUUCUGAGAAGCUAUGUGGUAUUGUUGAAGAAACUACUGAAAUUCAGGACAUGAAUGAGGAAGAGUUGCUGGUAGAUGAGAUAAGGGAGUGGCUAGAAAAAAUCCGCCAAACUGGGUACAAUGUUAUAGGUAUGUGUGCGAGUCUUGAGGGAGCAUUUUGUAAACUUUUGGAUAGCUUUUCUGUUUGUGGCACCUUACUAAAAGAUGUAGAAUCAAUGGACUUUCGUCAUUUGACCAUGCUGAUUAAAUAUACAAUUGUUCCAUUGGUAAAAAGUUGUCCUCCUGAUCUUUGGGUGGAGUGGAUAGAUAUGCUUCUACCACCAGUGUUUCACUACUGUGAAGAGACACUAUACAGUUCAUGGUGCAGUCUUCUGUAUAAGGAUAUAGUGUCGGUUCCUGAUAAAUUCUGUGAAUCUUUCUCAAAAGAAAUGGUUGAGAAAGCGGGAAAGGGACUUCUUUCUGAGUUGACUCGUGAAGCAUCAUAUUUGCUUGCUGCAAUGGCACUGCCAGAACAAAAUGGAUCUAUUGUCAGCACAGCAGAUUUGGAAUCUACUUCAAGCUCGCUUGUUGGGUAUCUUUUAUGCCAUGAUAACAUUAGAUCUUCAAUACUAAGGUUAAUCAAUUAUAUCUUUGGCUAUUGGAAGGAUGGUGAAGCAAGGAUUAUAGCUGCACCAUUUUGUCAUAGUUUGAUCCAACUUGCUAUUGCUACGCACAAUGAUGAACUUCUAUAUUUUGUUCAAGAUGAUAUACUUCCAAAGAUUGUACAAUGCUUAACCCUCGAGCCGAAGUCAGAUAACAAUGCUCUUUAUCUUCUUUGUGAAGAUGCAUACCAUUGUAUGCAGAGCCAGGGAUCAGCACAGGAAGGUGAACGCAAUGGAAACACUGCAGAAAUAUUUGAAGAUUGGCUGUCAAAGCAAAUGAUAGUGGCUCGUUAUAAAUACACAUCUUCUGAUGAACUUCAAGACAUGGUGUGGAUCUGGGAGAUUGAAGAAGAAUUUAUAGCUUAUCUUCAUACCUAUGUUGAUAUGUUGCACAAAGUGGAUGAAAUUGGUGAUACAAUGGAGGAUUGUUAUCUUAGUUCUCCUAUUAAAUUUGUGUCCAAGCAUGAUACUGAUUGUUGUGCAAUUUCUCAUGCAUGGGCCAUGUCAACUAUGCUGUCACGUAAAGUAACUUCAGUGUAUUGCAAGAGAGAGACUGAACAAAAAUACAAGUUUUUUUGUAAACUUAUCACAUUUAAACCCUAUAUUAAGUGUUCUGGUUAUGAUGAGAGCGUGCAAGAACUUGUGGAGGACGAUUCAGAGGUUUGGUCUGCACUUCCUGGAUUUUGUAGGCAGGAGACACUUGAGCUCUUCUGUAGAAUAUUAGAUUCCUGGGAGCCUCAGUUCCAUCCUCUGAUACGUCAGGAUGACAAGGAAAUGCUACGUGAAAUAGCUUGCCUAUUAACUUCUCGGGAAGAUAUUCAUCAUGUUCAGUCCUUCCAGCCUGUCUCAAGCGACUUUUUGCUGCAUCUACAACCUUAUGCACAGAAUUACAUUGAGGUCAAGAACGCAAGGUCUGGGUAUGACAGGGUAAAAGAACAAACUAGGUUGCAUGAAGCAUUUGAUAUACAUUUGGCUUCUGGUGCAUUAGAUGAUUUUGUCCGUCGGACUAGUUCUUCAAAGGAUGAUUUCAUUAAGAUUAUUCUUGAUGAUGAUAUUUUGCGUAGUCAGUUUACAGAUCUGGAUUACGAUCUCCUGAAAUUGUCAUAUGAGCGACGAGCUAAACUUCUCAGUAAGCAAGAUCAAUUAUGCUUAUAUUGCAAACACAUGAAAAGUGCUGUCAUAAAUUUACAGCAUAGAGAUAGACUUGAAAGUUUGAUAUGUGAGCUUGAGGCAGAAGGUUUCUUCAGUGUGGAUGAUGAUUCUAUUGAAUGGGAAAACGAACACUUUUCAGAACUUGUGGACGAAUUCAAUGAGCAUGUCUUUGCUGGGAUUCACCUUCCAAAAUAUUAUGUUAUUCGUGGAAUUAUGGAUUAUCGGGAAAUGUUAAAUAUGAAGGAUAGCACUUGGGAUGAUGCUUUCUCUGUGGUUGUUGAUGGAGCAUUCUGUAGAUGGAUGGAAGAUCGUGAUCUGUUUUGGAUGGAGACAAGAUACUAUAGCCAUUGUUACUACGACAUCAUUCAAGAGCCAGUAAAAAUGAUAUGGAGGACUACAGGUGAUGAGAUGACAGUUGGACACACUACAAGAAGGAUUAUAGAUGGCAACGGGGAAUUCACUGCCGGGAUGAACUAGACUUGGCUCAAGACUGCUGCAACACGAAAUCAAGGAGUACCUGUCUGUCAAUCUUCUAGGCCUCUAGGGCGACAAUAGUAGGCAUACAAAGUUAUCCAUUAAUUUUGACAAUUUGACCCUUUGCAAAAACUAAUUUUACAAAUGAACCAUCAUCAAAACUUAUUUCAAAAAUAACCUUUUUGUUCAGCGCCAAAUCCUGUGACGCUGAAUUUAGACACCUCAGCGCCAAAUAGCUCGGUGCUGAGUGUGCGUUGGCACACUGACUCAGCCUUCCAUGGUGGCACGGUAUUCAGCGCCAGGUGAUGUGGCGCUGAGGUGUCUAAGUUCAGCACUACACGACUUGGCGCUGAGAAAAAGGGUCACUUUUGAAAUAAGUUUGGCGGCGGUUCAUUUGUAAAAUUAGUUUUUGUAAAGGGUCAAAUUGUCAAAAUUAAUGAAAGUUAUCAACCAAACUACCAUGGUUCCAGUUUCGCACACCAAGUUUUGUGAUCACCUGGAAUUAAGCAGACCUGAAUGCUUUUGAUUAAUCAAGUCCACCUGUACCACAAACACACUUGCACACAUGUAUAUAUCCUAAUUUUCAUCAUGGUACCAGGCUACAUUUUGACAGAAACAGACACACC